AUGUCUGCUAUCGGUAUUGAUCUCGGAACCACGUACUCUUGCGUCGGUAUUUUCCGUGACGACCGCAUCGAAAUCAUUGCCAAUGACCAGGGUAACCGCACAACACCCUCGUUCGUUGCCUUCACCGACACAGAGCGCCUCAUUGGUGACUCCGCGAAGAACCAGGUCGCUAUGAACCCUAUCAACACAGUCUUCGACGCAAAGCGCCUUAUUGGCCGCAAGUUUGCCGAUGCUGAGGUUCAGGCCGAUAUGAAGCACUUCCCCUUCAAGGUUGUCGAGAAGGCGGGCAAGCCUGUCAUCCAGGUCGAGUUCAAGGGCGAGGAGAAGACCUUCACACCCGAGGAGAUCUCCUCCAUGGUCCUCGUCAAGAUGAGGGAAACCGCUGAGUCCUACCUCGGUGGCACCGUCAACAACGCCGUCGUCACAGUCCCUGCCUACUUCAACGACUCGCAACGUCAGGCUACCAAGGAUGCUGGUCUCAUUGCUGGCCUCAACGUCCUCCGUAUCAUCAACGAGCCCACAGCCGCUGCCAUCGCCUACGGUCUUGACAAGAAGACUGAGGGUGAGCGCAACGUCCUCAUCUUCGAUUUGGGUGGUGGUACAUUCGAUGUCUCCCUCUUGACCAUUGAGGAGGGUAUCUUCGAGGUCAAGUCCACCGCCGGUGACACUCACUUGGGUGGUGAGGACUUCGACAACCGUCUCGUCAACCACUUCACCAAUGAGUUCAAGCGAAAGCACAAGAAGGACUUAACCUCCAACGCUCGUGCUCUCCGUCGUCUCCGCACCGCUUGCGAGCGUGCCAAGCGCACCCUUUCUUCCUCUGCUCAGACCUCCAUCGAGAUCGACUCCCUGUUCGAGGGUAUCGAUUUCUACACCUCGAUCACCCGUGCUCGUUUCGAGGAGCUCUGCCAGGACCUCUUCCGCUCCACUAUGGAGCCCGUCGAGCGUGUCCUCCGCGAUGCUAAGAUCGACAAGUCCUCCGUUCACGAGAUCGUUCUCGUUGGUGGUUCCACCCGUAUCCCCAAGGUCCAGAAGAUGGUCUCCGACUUCUUCAACGGCAAGGAGCCCAACAAGUCUAUCAACCCCGAUGAGGCUGUUGCCUACGGUGCCGCCGUCCAGGCCGCUAUCCUGUCUGGUGAUACAUCCUCCAAGUCUACCAACGAGAUCCUCCUGCUCGACGUUUCGCCGCUGUCUCUCGGUAUCGAGACUGCUGGUGGUGUCAUGACUGCUCUCAUCAAGCGCAACACCACCAUUCCCACCAAGAAGUCCGAGGUCUUCUCCACCUUCAGCGACAACCAGCCUGGUGUGCUCAUCCAGGUCUACGAGGGUGAGCGUGCUCGCACAAAGGACAACAACUUGCUCGGCAAGUUCGAGCUCACUGGUAUCCCACCUGCGCCCCGUGGUGUCCCUCAGAUCGAGGUCACCUUCGAUGUUGAUGCCAACGGUAUCAUGAACGUCUCCGCUCUCGAGAAGGGUACCGGAAAGACCAACAAGAUCGUCAUCACCAACGAUAAAGGCCGUCUCUCCAAGGACGAAAUCGAGCGCAUGCUUGCUGAGGCCGAGAAGUACAAGGCUGAGGAUGAGGCCGAGGCUUCCCGUAUCUCCGCUAAGAACGCCCUCGAGUCCUACGCUUACUCCCUCCGCAACACUCUCUCCGACUCCAAGGUCGACGAGAAGCUUGAUGCCGGCGACAAGGAGAAGCUCAAGGCCGAGAUCGACAAGACCGUUGCUUGGUUGGACGACAACCAGACCGCUACCAAGGAUGAGUACGAAUCCCAGCAGAAGGAGCUUGAGGGUGUCGCCAACCCUAUCAUGAUGAAGUUCUACGGUGCUGGUGGUGAGGGUGGCAUGCCCGGCGGUAUGCCCGGUGGUGCUCCCGGCGGUGCCGCUCCCGGCGCUGGCGGCGAUGACGGCCCCACCGUUGAGGAGGUCGACUAA